CUUUGUAGUCCUAACAAACAUUACGUUCAGUCGUGGACAGAUAGUGCAACGACCCACAUGACUAGUGUGUAGCUAGACACUUUUCGCUGCGAAGAAGUAAAGUGGAUAAAAAAAACGGAAUAUAACGAUACGAACUACCAAACUAGAAGAAGUUGAGCCGAAGGACGCAAAAGGAAGCAUUUUUUCCCCUCUGUGUUGCAAAGCUGUGGCUUGUUGGACCAAAGUCUUGUUCUGUACUCUGUGCAUGUUGAAAUCGGAGUAGUGCAUUGGUACGGUGACUCCGCCAGACACCGUCUAGUUUCCAAGCGGAGCAGCCGGAGCGGCAAGGCAACACCACCAGAGACAUGAUUUUGAGAAGGGACUCAGUUGUUGGCGUUACUGAUUUUUACUUGCAUGCCUUAUUGUUGUGCUUUUGUGCAAAGGUGGCUGAGGGAACCGGACAGUUCGAGUUGGAGAUUUUAUCGAUGAACAACCUGAACGGAGAGCUUCUUAACGGGCAGUGUUGUGACGGUUCACGGAACACCGGGGAUCGGAAAUGCAGGAUGGAUGAGUGUGAUACGUAUUUUAAAGUGUGUUUGAAGGAAUACCAGUCGCGAGUUUCGGCUGCGGGACCUUGCAGCUUCGGGUCCGGUUCCACCCUUGUCCUUGGAGGGAAUACAUUUUCUUUGAAGAACUCGGCGAAGAACGAAAAAUCCAAGAUUGUUUUGCAGUUCAGUUUCGCCUGGCCGAGGUCCUACACGUUGAUAGUGGAAGCCUUGGACGCUAACAACGAUACCAGCGGUGGUGAUGGUCAGGUGAUUGAGAAGGCGUCCCACUCUGGGAUGAUCAACCCCAGUCAUCAGUGGCAGAAGCUCAGCCACAACGGUCCUAUUGGUCAGUUUGAGUAUCAGAUCCGGGUCAGCUGUGACGAGCACUACUAUGGCUUCGGAUGCAACAAGUUCUGCCGACCCCGAGAUGAGUUCUUCGGACACUACACCUGCGACUACAACGGGAAUAAGACCUGUCUGGAGGGCUGGUCUGGACUAGAAUGUAACACACCCAUCUGCCGGCAGGGCUGCAGUACAGAACAUGGACACUGCAAAGAGCCAGGUGACUGCAAGUGUCUGUAUGGAUGGCAGGGGCAGUACUGUGAUCAGUGUAUUCCUCACCCUGGCUGUGUCCAUGGAACCUGUGUUGAACCAUGGCAGUGUCUAUGUGAUACCAACUGGGGAGGACAUCUCUGUGACAAAGAUCUGAACUUCUGUGGGACCAAACAGCCCUGUCUGAACGGAGGGACCUGCAGCAACACGGGACCUGACAAAUACCAGUGUUCCUGUGCUGAGGGCUACUCUGGAGUCACCUGUGAGAGGGCGGAACAUGCAUGUCUGUCUGAGCCCUGCUCUAAUGGUGGGAGCUGUGUUGAGACCAGUCUGGGUUAUGAGUGUGUCUGUUCCCCGGGCUGGAGCGGACCCUCCUGUAGCCUCAAUGUUGAUGAGUGCUCUCCUAACCCCUGUAACCAUGGUGGGACCUGCCAGGACCUGGUUCAUGCUUAUAAGUGUCACUGUCCACCUCAGUGGACCGGCAAGACCUGCCUCAUCGACGCCAACGAAUGCGACAGCAAGCCCUGUGUCAACGCCAACUCUUGCCGCAACCUGAUUGGUGGAUACUUCUGCGAGUGCGUUCCUGGUUGGACGGGACAGAAAUGUGACAUCAAUAUCAAUGACUGCAAGGACCAAUGUCAGCACGGAGGAACCUGCAAGGACUUGGUGAACGGCUACCGCUGUGGGUGUCCUGCGGGUUACUCUGGAGACCACUGUGAGAGAGAUGUGGAUGAGUGUGCCGGCUCUCCCUGUCUGAACGGCGGGCGAUGCCAAGACAAAGUCAACGGUUUCACCUGCCUCUGUCUGCCAGGAUUCUCGGGGCAACUCUGUCAGCUGGACAUAGACUACUGCCUCAUCAACCCGUGUCAGAAUGGUGCUUCAUGUUACAACCUCGCUACAGGUCACUACUGCGCCUGUUCAGAAGACUACGAAGGAAAAAACUGCUCUCACCUCAAAGACCACUGUCACACCAGCACGUGCAAAGUGAUUGACAGCUGCACAGUUGCCGUGGGGUCCAACAGUACCCCUGGAGGGGAGCGGUACAUCUCCUCGAACGUGUGUGGUCCUCACGGACGCUGUCGGAGUCAGGCUGGAGGACAGUUCAGCUGUGACUGUCAGGAGGGCUUCAGAGGCACAUACUGUCACGAGAAUAUUAAUGAUUGUGAGAGCAACCCGUGUGGUAAUGGAGGAACCUGUAUUGAUAAAGUCAGUGUAUACCAGUGUAUCUGUGGAGACGGCUGGGAGGGGGACCACUGUGAGACCAAUAUAGAUGACUGCAGCACUAGUCCAUGUCAUAAUGGAGGAACAUGUCGAGACCUGGUGACUGAUUUCUUCUGUGAGUGUAUGAACGGCUGGAAGGGGAAGACCUGCCACUCCCGUGAGAGCCAGUGUGACGAGGCUACCUGUAACAACGGAGGAACAUGUCAUGACGAGGGGGACACCUUCCAGUGCAGGUGUUCCCCUGGAUGGGAGGGGGCCACCUGUAAUAUAGCUAAGAAUAGCAGCUGUCUACCUAACCCCUGUGAGUACGGGGGAACCUGUGUGACCAGCGGGGACUCCUUCACCUGUGUCUGCAAGGAGGGCUGGGAAGGAGACACCUGUAAACAGAAUACCAACGACUGCAACCCACACCCAUGGUCAUUCCUAGGGUACGUUCAGCCUAACCCACAGCUCGUUGUUCACUCAGUGCUCCGUCCGAUCGUGUGUGUGUGUAACCUCAGUUAUAACAGUGGGACGUGUGUGGAUGGAGAUAACUGGUAUCGAUGUGAAUGUGCUCCAGGCUUCGCUGGGCCAGACUGCAGGAUCAAUAUCAACGAGUGCCAGUCUUCUCCCUGUAUCUUUGGUUCUAGCUGUAUUGAUGAGAUCAAUGGCUACCGCUGCCUGUGUCCCCAAGACAGAGCUGGACCACGCUGUCAGGAAGUGACACAGAGACCAUGCUUGGUGAACGGUCGUCCGACCCCUGAAGGAGCUAAGUGGGAUGAAGACUGUAACACCUGUCAGUGUUUUAAUGGGAAGGUGGUGUGUACCAGGCUGUGGUGUGGUCCUAAGUCGUGCAGGGUCAGCGGUGGGGUCAAAGGUCGAGGGGGCGGUGCCGGAUGUCGGUCUGGUCAGAGCUGUGUACCAAUCAGGGAGGAGCAGUGUUUUGUCCGGCCGUGUUUGAAUCUUGGGGAGUGCCACCCCUCCUCCCCGCCAACCACCAAAUGUCACCCCAGCUCUGGUUACCAUGACGACAGCUGCUCCAACAUCACGUUUACGUUCACCAAAGAGACCAUGCCCAGGGGUCUGAGUAUCGAGGCAGUGUGUAAGCAGCUGAGACAACUGUAUGUGCUGAAUAAUGUGUCCUCUGAGUAUUCUGUUUCCAUAACCUGUGACCCUUCAACCUCCGCCAGCAACGAGAUCCAUCUCAGCAUCUACACAGAGGACCACCUGAUGGACAGCUCACCUGUAAAGGAGAUAACAGAUAGAAUCAUCGAUCUGGUGUCUAAACACCAUGGCAAUAACAGCAUCGUCACCGCCAUCGCCAAGGUCCGUGUGCAGCGGAGGCCUAGCGCCAGCCAGACAGACUACCUAGUGCCCCUGCUGUCCUCUGUCUUCAUUCUCCUCUGGAUUCUAGCGUUGGUCUCAGCCGUCCUCUACUGUGUGCGUCGCCGUCGGAAACAUGGCGGUCACCAUGGCAACGGGGCCUUGUCGUCCGUGGCAACCGAUGACAACACAACCAACAAUGUGCGUGAGCAGCUCAACCAGAUCAAGAACCCGAUCAACGAGAAACACGCCGGAGGCGGAGGCCAUCUUACAUCAUCGGUGGCCAUCAAGGACCUUGAGGAUAAGAACUCGAUCAUCGCCAAGGUACGGACACACCACCCCCCGGAGGGGGAGGAGGACAACGAUAAAGAGAGACAUAUGGGGAAUAAAGGACGCUUCACGGUUACAGCCAAACAACCUGCCUACACACUGGUGGAGCGGGAAGACCGGGGCCUCAAUGGAGGCCUGGGGGCCAACGGGCCCAACGACGGGGACGGCAGGACCACGGUGCAGCCCAGCUCCAAACAUCCUAACUGGACUAAUAAACAGGACAACAGGGUCCUGGAGACAGCACACAGCAUGAACAGGAUGGACUACAUCGUAUAGCAGGAAGUGACAUUGAAGGCAGGAAAUAAACGCUGUGUAAAGAAUUCCCCUUCCUGGACAUUAUGGUCAUCCCGGCAACGUGGUCCUUCUGACCACGCUCUGUAGACACUGUGUUGCCGUGCAACCAAACCCUUUGAUCAUGCUGAAGAGGACCAGGGGGAGUGUUCUGGGAUUUGUAGUUUUGUAGUUCCUAAACUGUUAGGUCAUUAUUCUGUGACCUACAAGGUUUGUUUUGGAUAUAAUAGAUACUUGGGUACGUCAGAUGUGGUACCCUGUUUCCUAUUUAGUGCACUGCUUUUGACCAGAGCCCUAUGGGCCAAGUGUACGUUGUAGGGAAUAGGUUGCUGUUUUAGAUAUAGCCCCUGAUCAUUUAAAGCUUGCUGGCUACACUGGCAGAGAAUGUUGAUUUGGUUGGCAGGAUAAGAGGUGUUGUGUUUUCACAUUUCAACACAACACUUAUUCCCUAUAAAACACACUACUUUUGAGCAGAGCCUUAUGGGAUCUGGUCUAAAGUAGUGCACUAUGUAGGGAAUAGGGUGCCAUUUCAGAAACACAUAGUUUUAAUGUAUUUUUCUCUCUCUCCUCUAGUAGGUAUAAACUAGUUUUGUUUGCCUUUUCAGCUUUCAUACCACAGCAAUGUCAUGAAAUUAAACCAAAAUAAAUCCAACUUUAGAAUUAUUUAUUCUUUGGGCGGGCAGGGUCGAUGACAGCAGUUGCUGGCAAUAUGAAGAAUUUGUGUCGGUUUAGGAUGUGUAAAUAUGUACAUUUAUUUUUGUAUUUUUUAUUAAUCAUUGUGUAUAUUUGAUUUAUUAACUUAAAUAAUAAUCAAGAGCCUUAAGAUAUCAUUCCUUUUUAUUUAUAUGUUCUGUCUCUAGAUGUAAGGUUUUGACAGCUUAGUUUAUUUUUUGAUAAUGAACAUGUUUUUCUUUCACAAAAUGCCCCCAAAAAAAUGAAUGCCUGAAAUAUUUAUUUUUUUUUAAUGAUUCUACAGCGUUCAUUGUUGCUUAGACUUUGCAGGCUAGAGGGGAAGAAGAAAUAAAAACAAAAUACAAAUAAAUGGUUGCUUUGGGUUGUAAACGAUUCAGAGAUUGAGUGUAGUGGCAUACAUUUUCCUUGUCACUACUAAUUGAACAAAAAGCUUUUAGCAGCAUCUUAAGUCACUCAGAAAACUGAAAAACAAGUAUAUCUGCCAAUCACGCAUAAAGUCAUAGCUAGACCAAGGACUUGUCCCACAUGGCACCCUAUUCCCUAUGGGCCCUGGUCAAAAGUAGUGCACUAUAAAGGGAAUAGGGUGUCAUCUGGGAUGUAACUCAAUCAUACUUGAAUGGUAGAGGGUCAAAAGUCCCGGAUCGGUUUGUGCUAUCAAAUCCAUUAAUCCAUUGCAUGCAUGAUUUGGCAAGAUGGCACAAACCGAACAGGGCCCGUAUUCUUAAAUUAUUUCAGAAUAGGAGAGCUUAUCUAGGAUCUAGGAACAUCAAAAGUCUAGUGGUGUAUUUAUUAUAAUUUUAGCUUGCUAACUAAUUGAUGCUGGUCUAGGAUCAGUUUUUUUCCUUUCAGAUAAUAAUGAAAAACAUUCAUAUAAAUGUUUUUUAUUAUUAUCUGAAAGGAAAAAAACUGAUCCUAGACCAGCAUCAAUUAGUUAGCCAGCUAAAAUUAUAAUAAAUACACCACCAGACUUUUGAUGUUCGUGUCCAUAUUCUGUUAACUUACACCCAGAUAAUGUUGUCUCAUCCUGGUAUUUGUGGGAGAGAACAAACACCUCAAGCAGACCGUUUAAAAAAAAAAAAAAAAAAAAGCUUCCUAUUUCCUCAUUGGCUGCGGUCUACUCACAUGAAUAUAUUUUAUGCCCGUUAUAUGCCCACACUAUUAAAACACGGACAAGCUGCUUAACAUACUUCAUUAUUUUUUAAGAAGGAAAACUUUCACUCAUUAAUUAUACGUGAUAAUUCUUUAAAAAUUGAGAAACAGUGGACAUGAGAAAGCUAAACUUGCUAAACUUCUGUUUUUGGUUGUUGACCCAGUUGGACAAUGUUCCAAGUUUUAUUUUUCAAAAAAAUAAGUUAUUUACAACUAUUUAGUCAAUUUAGCUAGUUCAAGCAUUGACCCUGCUUGGUAGUGUGCUGGCGGAAGACUGUUCUUCUGUUUCUGUUUCAACUAUUAUGACGGACAUGUUUUCUCUUUAUGAGAUCAUGGCAACAUUCAUUUCCUGUCCUUUUUACACCCUUGUGUUAUGAGAAUGUAUUAUGUGUUGAUGUUGCAAUUCUGCCAAUAUUUUGAAAGUCAAUAUUUAUUAAAUAUUUUUUAUGAAAAGAGAAAUUAAACUGUCACCGUUCUGGA